AGCAGUGCCCCGCAACCAGUUGACUGGUCUUGCUGGCCUAGGGAUGUUUGCGUAAGAACGGAACGGUGCUACUUUACAAGAAACUGUGCAUUGAAGGCGUUUGUUAUUAGUUCCCCUUUAUUCAGUAGUUUAUAGCUUACGUAUUCCAGAGCGGUACCCGAAUGGGAACACCAGGUAGAAUGUGGAGCCUAAAACCUCUUUCGAUAGAGCGCGUAACUCCAGUACCAAGUGAUAUUGACAUUGCUUUGGCACAGGUACCAAAGAACAUUGAUGUGCUUGCCGAGGAGAUUACACUGUUGCCUGCCGAGUACGAUUGCUAUGGAAGACAGAAAGCAAAGGUGGAUCUUUCCGUUUUUGACAGACUGAGAGAUCAAGAGGAUGGUUACUAUGUACUCGUGACGGGCAUUACGCCCACACCGUUCGGCGAAGGUAAGACCACCACGACAGUGGGUUUAUGUCAGGCCCUCGGAGCCCACCUAAACCGAAAUACAUUUGCUUGCCUUCGACAGCCCUCACAGGGACCAAUUUUCGGCAUUAAAGGCGGUGCUGCUGGCGGUGGGUAUUCCCAGGUCAUUCCAAUGGUAGAUUUCAAUCUCCACCUCACCGGCGACAUGCACGCGAUAACCGCGGCCAACAACCUGCUUGCAGCGCAGAUCGAUACCCGCAUUUACCAUGAAAAGACACAAAGUGAUAAAGGCCUUUACAACAGACUUGUACCUAGUAAAGGUGGAAAGCGUGAGUUUUCACCGAUUCAACUGAAGAGGCUCAAGAAACUCGGUAUCAACAAGACGAAUCCUGAUGACCUUACUCCUGAAGAAAGAGAAUCAUUUGCCCGCCUUAAUAUUGAUCCCAAAUCGAUUACCUUCAACCGUGUGAUCGACACGUCUGACCGCUUCCUUCGUGAAAUUACAAUCGGUGAGGGCGUACUAGAGCAAAGAUUCUCGCGUAAGAGCCAGUUUGACAUCACACCUGCUAGUGAAGUCAUGGCCAUUAUGGCUUUGGCCACCUCGCUAGAUGACCUUAAAGAUCGCCUUGGAAAAAUUGUUAUCGCGUCGAAUUUGAAAGGAGAGCCGGUUACUGCCGAUGAUCUCGCGUGUACAGGUCCAAUGAUCGUGCUGCUUCAGGAAGCGUUCAAGCCAACGCUGAUGCAGACGCUUGAGGGAACCCCUGUGUUCGUUCAUUGCGGACCCUUCGCCAACAUUGCCCACGGAUGCUCGUCAAUUAUUGCCGAUAAGAUUGCGUUGAAGCUCGUCGGCUCAAAUGGUUUCGUUGUCACAGAGAGCGGCUUUGGUGCUGAUCUUGGAAUGGAGAAGUUUUUUAAUAUUAAGUGCCGUUAUUCCGGUUUAACGCCCAAUGCCGUCGUUAUUGUAGCGACAAUUCGAGCCCUAAAAUCUCACGGAGGUGGGAGCAUUGUGUCUCUAGGCAGCCCGUUGCCUGACGAGUACACCCAGGAAAACCUCGAUCUUGUUAAGAAGGGUUUCUGUAAUCUCAAAAAACAUAUAGAGAAUAUUGGCAAGUUCGGUCUACCAGCAAUUGUUGCUAUUAAUAGAUUCAAGUUUGAUACUGAGCGAGAGUUACUGCUCCUGAGAAAUCUGUGUCUUUGUAACGGAGCCGCUGCCGCAGUUAUAUGCAAUCACUGGGCCGAAGGAGGUGAAGGAGCAGUAGACCUAGCUAAAUCCGUUGUUAAUGCAUGCGAGACUUGGAAGGGUUCCUUCCGCUUCCUCUAUCCAUUAGAGUUAACGAUUGAGGAAAAGCUCGAGAGAAUUGCCCGUGAGAUAUAUGGUGCUGGAAGUGUCGAAUUUAGUGAUAAGGCUAAGGCUAAAGUUAAGUUGUACACAGCUCAGGGCUUCGGUAACUUACCUCUCUGCAUCUCAAAGACGCAGCUAUCACUUUCUCAUGAUCAAAGCUUUUUAGGCGCCCCCGUCGAUUUCAAGUUCCCAGUGCGGGACAUUAGAGCCAGUGUAGGCGCUGGCUUCUUGUAUGCGUUAUCAGGUGACAUCAUGACCAUGACGGGACUAAACACCCGACCGGCAAUCUACGACAUCGAUCUUGACACAAAGACCGGCCGGGUUAUUGGCCUAUUCUAAUUCUUCAAAAGCACACUAUCCAGUGUACAACGAAAAGAAGAAGAGCGUGUCCAGCUUGAUCGUUCACGUUCUAUGGCGAGUUUGAGUGCAUCUACCUCGGUAGUUGGCUGGCCGAAUCACACGCUCGCAUUGGAAACCGGCAAAGCUGUCUAUGUUACGUGCGCUUUGUAACUAAACAUACUCAUCAUAUCAUGCAUUUGACUGUCUGCAAUCUAAGCUAUAUUAAGCAAAACAAUAAAAUCAGUGUCAAAAAGAUCGAUGCAGCUUUUCCUAACAUAAAAAUAGUUGAAUAGCAAUAGAGAAAAUAGGAUACUUUGCUAUAUCACUUGCCUCUUCUUGGAUCAAAUCCGACCCGUCUCUGCACAAUACAUAUAUCACCCAGACUACCAGUAAACAAAUUAUUUAUAGGAGGUCCGAAAGCGUUCGUCUAUUUUGCAUGGGAAGUGCGGUGAGAACAAAUCUCAAUGAAAUUUAAUUUACAGGAACAUGUUGCCUAUUAGAGACGCAUCCAUUAGUAUGUACACUAACUGGAUGCCAAUGUUGUGCGACAGUAGCUGUUUGAGAAGUCUAAAAUCUAAAAAAACACGUUUUUUCGACCUUGAUAAUUGUGACUCCACACGAACUUGUAUCUGGUCUAAUAUUGCUAUAGAGUUUUACUUGUUAUACCGUUAAUUAGCGAUAUUACAAACACGCAAUUUAAUUUAAUAAAAGAACAUUCGAGAUUUUCUUUCCUCUCCGUGUCGCCUUCAAUCGGAAACUUCGCAGAAGAUUUUUAACUGUUGCAAUGGAAAAUGUAACCACACUUUGUCUAAAUACAGAAAAUCAAGGAUUUGGAUCAACAACUGGGCAGGUAACAAGAAUAGAUGCAUACAUGCAAGCCUUACAUAAUAAAUCACGACGAAUUCUGACUACGGCCACGUCUAAGUUUAUUACUGCAAUAUUUUUAAAAAUCGAUCUCUAAGAUUGGCUGGAUAAAGCCAUUAUUAUGCUGAUAUUGUAACAAUUCGACAUAAAGGCAUACCGUUCACGCGCUCUGCCAUAGCAUUUUCUAUAAACGCUGGUACUCGCCCGGAACGUAGAUAAGAUACGUUGGCAUUAGUGCCGAUUGGUCACAGCAAGGGAUGAAGAUUUUUGUCAAACGUAAAUUUUUAUUGGUAAAUAAAAAAAAAAGUUGGGAUUAUUUGCGUUGCAACAGCCAUAAAUAUAAUGACUACCUAGAUGCACCUUGAAGAUUACAGUUACAACUUACAAGCAUUUCGAUAAGCAAUUUCGCGCUUAGGGAAAUUACGGAAGUUCACUCAGCCAUUGUAGUUCGAACCAGGCCAACUGGUUAUAAGCUGCCGAAUGCAACCGUUGUCAAUCAACUGAUUAGAGAGAUUAUGCUUAAGUAAACUUAACUUUAUAAUCUAAAGCAGAUAACAGGAUGAUAUAAUUUUAUAAUUAACAUAG